AUGUCCAGCCCGCCCUUUACGGUCCGGGCGGUCUUCGAGUAUGCUUCGGGCCAUGAUGACGACCUCCCCUUUCCGAUCGGUCAGAUCGUGACCGUCACCGCUCUGGAGGACGACGAUUGGUACUACGGUGAAUACUCAGAUGCCUCGGGGGCUAAACAGGAGGGCAUAUUCCCGAAAAACUUCGUCGAAAAGUAUGAUCCUCCGGCUCCUCCGCGCCCAUCCCGUCCGAGGCCGAAGAAGGAGCCCGAACCUGCGCCAGUGCAGUCACCUGUGAUCGAAAGCCACCCGCUGCCCGAGCCCGAGGUAGAGGCACAGCCCGCGGAGGACGAUCAGGACAUUGCACCCCCACAGCCGCCUGUGCCCCAAUCUCCUCCCCUGACUGCGACUACUUCUGUCGCAGAAGCUGCAUCGUCGCCCCCGCAGCCGGCAAAGGCGCCCGCCCCCGCUCCUCCGGUAGCCCCAGUUGAACCCGCUGCCAAGGCACCGUCCUCCAAACCUGCUCCCCCGGCUGUCGCGGAGAAGCCUUCGGGAUCCUCGUUCAGAGAUCGCAUUGCUGCCUUCAAUAAGCCUGCUGCAGCACCAAUUACGCCGUUCAAGCCUGGUGGUUCUCAGCCAUCUUUUAUCAAGAAGCCUUUCGUCGCGCCACCUCCCAGUCGGGAUGCUUAUAAGGCUCCGCCCAGGGAGCCUGCACCUCAUGUCUAUAAGAGAGAGGAGGACCCAGAUGUCAAGGAACAGGUUGCCCGCGAGCCUCCGGUCUCCGAGACCCGCCCUCCUCCCAUUGUUCCCAUGGAAGGUGGUGAAGAGGGUGCAGAGGACCAACCUAAACCUACCAGUCUGAAAGACCGAAUUGCCUUACUUCAGAAGCAACAAUUAGAGCAAGCUCAGCGUCACGCGGAAGCAGCUCAAAAGAAAGAGAAGCCCGCUCGCCCUCCCAAGAAGUCCUCAGAGGAACCUGCAGCUCCCGCAGUUCCCGUGACACCUGCAGCCCUCGAGGAGGAACCAGAGACUCCUUUUGUUGAAGGAGCUCCGGCUGCCCGGGAUCCCAGUGUUGAUACAGUGAGAGCCCAAGCUCACACUGCACCACCACCCGUCCCCUUCUCACCCACCGAGGAAAUUGCCAGUGAUACCAACGACGCCGAUGCCUCCGCUGCUGCAGACUCCGAAGACGCAGGAGAGACAUCUACAAGCAAGGAUGACGAGGAGGAGCAGCCUCGUCCAGUUUCCAAGCGUCAACCAUCGACCCGAGCAGUCGAGCAGACUGCUGAGGAGGCCGAUGUGGAAGAAGAGGACGAGGCAGAGGAAGAGGAAGAAGAGGAAUUAGACCCUGAAACCAAGCGCAGAAUGGAACUGCGCGCGCGAAUGGCAAAGAUGAGUGGUGGUAUGGGUAUGAUGGGUCUCUUUGGACCACCUGGUGGGGGCAUGCCGAUGCCAGGCAUGGCUGCCCCUGGUGCUGGUGCUCGCAAGCCCAAGACGCCUGGCGAGUCUGAGAAGAGAAUUGGUGAGCCCGAACCUGAGCCUACCUCGCCUGCUGCUGCACCCCCGGUUCCUAUGGUCCCCCUUCCUGGAAUGAACUUGAAUACCAGGCCGGUCCCCUCUUCUACAGAUGUAGAGAAGGAGGAGGAAGAAACCCUGGCGACCCCCAUCACUGAACAACACUCUGCACGCGAGGUGCCAGACGUUGAAGAGGUCGUCCAUGAAGGCGCAGUCCCUCGUGGUUCUAUUGACCGGCCUCCCCCUGCUCCUCCAUCUCAAGAUCGUUCGGCUCCUCCUCCGCCUCCUCGGGAAUCAAGGCCUGUUCCGCCUGUACCAGCUGAACAACCGGGUUCCCCUCCACCAGUUCCUGGAGCCCGGCCUGUGCCUGUUCCACCCAGACCCACCACCGCUGACAAGGGCGAAGAGUCCGAUGAUGAAUUGUCGGUCCAUGCAAGCAACCUGUCGUUGAAUACUACGGGUCAGCCCACGGCUGCUCCACCGGCUGUGCCUGCUCCUGCGAUGCCUGAUCAGUUGGAUUCUCGUCGUUCUUCCACGUAUGACUCUGCUUCCUCUCCAGCCCUGACCCCUGCGGCCGAAAAGAGAGCCAGUCGUCCACCACCUCCUAUCCCAACCAAUCCACCCUUGCCACCAUCGCAGGGACGCGCCCCGCCUCCACCUCCUCCCGGCCAAAUUCGUCGCCGAUCUACUGCUGACAGUCGCACCAGUGCGAUGUCUGGCCCUCGACAGGCUGGAGAAGAGGCAGAAGGAGAGGUGACCGAAUACGAUGGGGAUUACGACACUGAUAUUGCAUCGGGAGUUAAACACAAGGAUGCCUUGAAGUCUCACGAGCGUGACUCCAGCUUUGACGAGGGUACUAUUACGGAUGACAUCUCUGUUCAUUCUCCACGCAGCCCCCAGGAAGGUCGGCAACCCCCGCCUCUUCCGCCAACGGCUCCUAGAGGCGUUCCUCCUCCACCCCCAAGCCAGCCGCCCCGUAAUGCUCGCCCGUCUAUCGACACACCCAGGGGACCUCCUCCACCCCCACCAAACAGAGAGCCGGUUGGUGGUGACGAUGAUGAAUAUGACCCUUUCAACUACGCCGCUCCUCAGCAUGGCCUCCCCAAAUCUCCCGGUAUUCCGCAGGGACGCCCUGAGGCGCCACCUCCUCCGCCGCCACAGCAAGCGAACGAUGACUAUGAUGAUCUGUAUGACGCCCCUCCAGAACCGCAGAGUCCAUCACAGGGAAGUGCCACUGCUUCGCACCAGAAACGGUCCUCGUUCGUUCCUCCGCUUCCCCAAAGCCAGGCUCCAGGCAUGCCAUCUCCAUCUGCAGCCCGAAGCCAGCGCGCAUCGAUGGAUCUAUUGAGAAAUCAGCCUAACCUUCGUCGGUCCAUGGAUGUUUCUCGCCCGUCGGUUGAUCUUGGUUACAUUGCUGCCGAUGUUGAUCUCUCUGAGACUACGCUCUGGUGGGCCCAGCCCAACACUCCACCUCCGGUUUUCCAAAACCGCAAGGAUCUACUUUUCGAGAUCGAGGAGUCUGCUUCUACGAAGCGCGGUGGAAAGACAUCGGUCUCAAAGGACGUUUAUAUUCUGUUCAUCGAUUACUCCCAGACGAUCGUGAAUGUCAAAUUCGACGCUAAGAACCCCGCGGAUGCUUCUCUAGAGCAGCGCCAUGAGUCCCCACCUCUCCAGCCCCGUCAGGAUCAGUUAGAGCAGGCCCAUAUCCAUCUUGGAACCAAGAUUUCCGAAGCCGUCAACUCAAUUCAGAACUCCACCGUUGGAGACGGCUCUCCAUUUGGACUGGUGCAGUACCUGCUCAACCCUCUAUCUGACGCUCUUCUCCCCGUCGGCACUCGUGGAUACGGUGCCUUGGUCUACUCAAACCUGGCCAAUGCUUCUGUAUCCCAGAACGACGAAAUUCGCGCUGGUGACAUUGUCAGCUUCCGCAACGCCCGCUUCCAAGGCCACCGCGGCACAAUGCACCAGAAGUACAGCGCCGAGGUUGGCAAACCCGACCACGUAGGUAUCGUCGUUGACUGGGACGGCACGAAGAAGAAGAUCCGAGCCUGGGAACAAGGCCGCGAGAGCAAGAAGGUCAAGAUGGAAAGCUUCAAGCUGAACGAUCUCCGCAGUGGCGAGUGCAAGGUCUGGCGUGUGAUGCCCCGUAGCUGGGUAGGCUGGGAAGCCGGCAAAUAA